AUGAAAAAGAAAAAUUUAUUUCUUGCAAAGAAAGCAGAAGAUAGUACUUUGAACUAGUAUUGGUUUUCAGAAUAAACAAUUGAAUUCUUGGUUGAUCAUAUUGAGUCAAUUUAUUAGAAUGGGUAGAAGAUAGCAUUCCUAUCAACUCCAUCUAUUUAUUGCAGUUUAAAGAAUCAGGAAGUAAAGUAGAAUUCAGCACUUUUUGAAUUUGAUCUUAAACUGAAUAAAGAGAAAGGGUUUGUGUUUUAUGAUUUCAAUAAGCCUAUAGAAGGAUUAGAAUAAUUGAAGAACACUUUUGAUAUAAUUUUGAUUGAUCCUCCAUUUAUAACAGAGGAAGUGUGGAGUAAAUAUGCUCAGACAAUAAAUUACAUUAAGAAGGAGGAUGCUAAGAUUUUAUGUUGUUCAAUAAAGGAAAAUGCUAAAAUGCUAUAUGAGUUGAUAAAGGUUGUGCCACAGCAAUAUAAACCAUCGAUUCCUCAUUUAAUAUAUCAAUAUGACUUUUAUUGCAACUAUGAACACGAGAUUUUAAAAAAAGUAAACGAAGAGAUAGGAUUUUGAAUAAUAUAUUCGAAUUAAAUAUGAG